AAUCCGCUGCGCCGCGGCCGCCGCCACUCGGAGCGGCGUCAGGUCCGCAGCAGCUGCGCUUUGUUGUUGUGCUGGUGGACGUCGGAGCGGAGAGACGGGACCGCGGCAGGAAACAUGGACCGGUACCACCCCGAGACGGACGAGGAGGAGCAGGAGACGCCGCUGCUUCGCCGGGGACGCGGAGACCAAGCGCAGCGAGCCCCGGCCUGCGGCUCCGCUCGCUACAACCUGGCGCUGCUCUCCAGCUACGGCUUCUUCGUGGUCUACUCCCUGCGCGUCAACCUCAGCGUGGCCAUGGUGGACAUGCUCAACAGCACUCACCGCAGCAGCGACCACCACAGCGCCUCGGUGUGUCCUGCCCACCCCAGCCCCGCCCGGCCCAAGCACAACCACACGGCCAACGUGUACGACUGGGACUCGGAGACUCAGGGCUGGAUCCUGGGCUCUUUCUUCUACGGCUACAUCGUGACCCAGAUCCCGGGAGGCUACCUGGCCGGCCGCGUGGGGCCCAAGUGGCUGAUGGGGCUGGGGAUCCUGGGGACGGUCAUCUUCACCCUGCUGACCCCCGCGGCGGCCGACCUGGGCGCCAGCUACCUGAUUGCUGUGCGGGUGCUGGAAGGCGUCGGAGAGGGGGUGACCUUCCCUGCCAUGUACACCAUGUGGGCGUCCUGGGCGCCGCCGCUGGAGAGGAGUCGCCUGCUCACCAUCUCUUACAUCGGCGCUCAGCUGGGGACGGUGGUGUCGCUGCCCCUCUCUGGGGAGAUCUGCUUCUACCUGGACUGGACCUACGUCUUCUACAUCUUUGGUGCGGUGGGCCUGCUGUGGUUUGUCCUGUGGACGGCGCUUGUGUUCGACACGCCCAACAGCCACCCGCGGAUCUCUGAGCGCGAGAGACUCUACAUCACCACCUCGCUGAAGAACGAGCUGUCCGCGUCUGCGGGCCACAUCCCCUGGCGCUCCAUCGCCGCCUCGGUGCCGCUGUGGGCCAUCGUGGUGGCGCACUUCUCCUACAACUGGACCUUCUACACGCUGCUCACGCUGCUGCCCACCUACAUGAACGACAUCCUGGGCUUCAGCAUCCAGCAGAACGGCUUCCUCUCGGCUCUGCCGUACCUGGGCUGCGCCGUCAUGGCGGUGGUCAGCGGCCAGGUGGCCGAUCACCUGCGGGAGAGGCUGCAGGUUCCCACCGUCAGAGUCAGGAAGAGCUUCACGCUGAUCGGCAUGAUCGGCCCCGCCCUCUUCCUGGUGGCGGCCGGCUACAUCGGCUGCGACUACCAGCUGGCCAUCACCUUCCUCACCAUCUCCUCCGCUCUGGGUGGAGUGUCGGCGUCCGGCUUCAACAUCAACCACCUGGACAUCGCCCCCUCGUACGCGGGCCUCCUCCUGGGCAUCACCAACACCUUCGCCACCAUUCCUGGGAUGGUGGGUCCAGUCAUCGCCCGCUCCCUCACCACGCACAACACCAUCCCCGAGUGGCAGACGGUCUUCUACAUCGCCGGCGCCAUCAACCUGCUGGGAGCAGCAGUCUACACUGCGUUUGGCCGAGGAGAGGUGCAGCCCUGGGCCACGCCCACCUCUGCCUCCGCCCACCACGAGUGAGCCGGCGCCCCCUGCUGGUGACGGCUGAGGCCGCGUCCGCACCUCCCUCCACAGGGUGGUCCGGCGCUCCCUCCCAGCCUCACUCAGCCCAGGGUCGGAUUUUAAAAAUAGACCACAAGUCGGAGACUUUAUAGGAAAUCUACGGGAGCCAUCUUCAGCUGGAGGUGAGCCAUACAAGGAUCAGCUUGACGUUUAUUCCAGGGGAAAUGUAGAGGAUGCUAGUUCAUCAGUUGCUUUUUUAUGAUCAGAAAUGUUACCGUUUCGUACAGAAGUAGGUGAAGACUCCUGCUUCACUUUCAAAUCAUCGAGUCAAACUGAUUUAAACUUUGGUGUAAACAAGUCAAUCAGAGUGCAGCGAAACCUGCGCCACCCGCAGACGAGGUUGGGUACUGCACCCACACCAUUCAGCCUGCUGGUGGCGCUGUGGACGCUGCCUCAGCGCGGGUGGUGGAAAUGCUUUGAACUAGCGCACAACUGAAGGACAUGAAGGGAUUUUUGAGCUUCUUAUUCCGUGUCUUACUUGAGCUGAAGAGGCUCCUCUGUCUGGAGCCUGUGUCUCAGGUGUCUGAAGUUUGUUUUUUGGUCGACGGGGAAUCGACCCGGUCUCCUGAAGGCUGCUGGUGUGUUCGGCGAGGCCCUGACCUCUGACCUGUGGGGGGGCAAGUAGCACUUUGGGAGGUUCCUCUGGUGCCUUCUGACAGGUCCUGACCUGUCGCCCUGUGAGAGGAGCGUCCGACCCCCCACUCUCUGGUCGCCCAGCUUUAAUUCUGGGUUUAUUUGAUGUUGGUAGUUUUAACCUUCACAACUUGCAUUUUGCACAAAUGAUUCAGGACCGAACAUCAGUUCGGACUCCUGCCAAUCAAAGGGACGUCUGUGUUUCACGUGUUUUAAAGAAGGGCAUCAAAGUGAACUUUCCACGAUCAUAAAACCAUCUGAAAAAUCACUCACUUUGCUUGAGUUAUUGCUGUUCUGCUCCAGCUUUACUGUCCAGUCAUGCUCCCUGACUCUGGAGGGUCAGAGGUCGCCGAGUCAAAAACGGGCCAUAUUUGACUCAGGUAAUAUAUGGUUUCUGAACACCAGAGGGCGCUGAGUUUCCUCAUGAAAGCGAUGACGAGAAGAGCAAAUACGACCCCUGACCUUCUCUGAACACGUGGUGUUUUUACUUAAAAAAAUUUCACAUUUUUAAAUUUUAUUUUUUUCCGUAUAUUUUAACUAGUGGUGGGACUGUAACAAUUUAGUGACGAUUAAUUAUAACAAAAAUAAUUUAGAAAAAUCAAUAAAAAAAAUAACAGUGUGCUCUCCAGACAACAGGGACCCUUUGUCAGUGCAGGAGUUCCUGCUCCACUGCUCCCACUGAUGCAGCAGACACGUGGCAGCUGGGAUGAGAACAAC